GCCAAUCUCACAAAAGAAAAGAAAAAAAAAUUAAAGAACAACAAUGCGACUUACUACUGCAGGCAACGAUCACUAGCAGCAACCUUUUAACCCGCAAGAUAGACAUUUUAUCGGCGCGAUGCUACCUGAUCUCUGAAGGUGCAGGUCACCACUUUAGCAAAAGAUCGAUCGCAAGAUAAGAAUAAUUUAGAUUUGGUGCACAGGCAAACGCGCACACAGUACAGUACAUCAGUCGCAGCUCUAGCCUAACGAGAACCCCACGAUUAGCAUCGCCUCGGUCUCUUCUUUAAUCGCCCAAACCACCAGACAAGCAAUUACCACGCCGGCUUCAUUCCGCACCAACCAAAAAUGGAGAAGUUUUCUCAAUUUCGGGACAGAGGUUCCGGCAUCUCUCCCUUCAUGCCCAUAUCAACACCAUCGGGCAGCUUUCUUUGGGUGCUUGCCCAUACCGGCAUCUUCCUUGUUCGCUUGCCUUUGUUCAUUGCCUACAUGGUAGUGUACUUUACCAUCCUGCACUAUCUCCCCUUCCCGUCCGGCAUCCGCAAGAUCCUGUUAUGGAUUACUAUGGGAAUACCGGGGAUAUGGUGGGUGGACCUACAACUCGACGGCGUCAAGCGCGGCAAGGUUUCUCAGCAGAGCGACAAGCUCCCAAAGGCUCCCUGCGUCAUCGCGGCCAACUUUACCUCCCCGAUCGACGCCCUCUACCUCGCCGCCGUCUUCAACCCCGUUUUCACCAUCUCGUACCCGAGCUCCCGCAAGGUCCGCCAUGUCGGCCUACCGCGCAUGUUCCUGCAUGCCCUAGGCCGCAGCCAGUUGACGCAGAAUCCCGAUCCGCGAUCCCUGACCGACGUCGCCGAGCUCUUGCGAAAGUACCCCGGUCGCAUCGUCGUCGUCUUCCCCGAGUGCGGCACCACCAAUGGCAGGGGUAUUCUGCCUCUCGCCCCGAGCCUGGCCUCCGUUCCCGCGGACACGGGGAUCUACCCCGUCAGCAUCCGGUAUACCGCGCCCGACAUCACCACUCCCGUUCCGGGGCUCUGGGGCUCGUUCCUAUGGAAGCUUCUCAGCCGCCCCAGGCACUGCAUCCGCGUUCGCAUCGCAGAGGUGCAGCACAAUGGAGCCGCCGCGGUGACGAAUGGAUCGUCUUCAAACGACGGGUCUGCAGAUGCCGGCCCGAACGACCUCACGCCCGAAGAGCAUCAGACGCUCGACAAGGUCGCCGAGGCCUUGGCGCGGCUGGGUCGGAACAAGAGGGUCGGGUUGACGGUGCAGGACAAAGCUGCGUUUGUUCAGCUGUGGGAAAAGUCGAAAGGCUGGUUUUGACCGCUAUGAGGCGUUUGGUUCUUGGCAUUAGCACUCUCGUAUGCCAUUUGCAUAGGUACAUAUUAAUCGAAUCUAGAUUCAAGCUAACAAUUUGUUCUCCAGACUGGCACAUAUUUCGUGUGGAGGACUUGAUUUUUUGGCCUUGUCCCUGCUUUCGAAUGAAAAGGACCCUGAAGAAACCAAAAUCUGAAACAGGGACAGCACAUGUGUAAAUGUUUCUGAGGUCUUUUAACCAUGCCCGGAUCAGAUGGGAUCUCCAUAUCGCCGAUGUGAGUGGGGUUCGGAUGGUUAAUGUCACUUUACCAGCGUUACAUUCUCACUCUUCAACGGCUCAUAUCACCCUACUUGCAAGCAUAUCCCCUCAAACCCGAUAAGCAACCUGCCUCCUGUCACCUCACUCAUUUUCAACCAAACAACAAAUCAUGGAGGGAAAAACCAUCAUCGGCAACCCCUCCUCCACCUUCUGGCUCUUUGACGGAACCACCUACGACCUCACCCACCCAGACUCCCCCACAACCCCAUCCCCCUCACCCUCCAUCCUCCUCCCGACAGCAACAGCCCCGAUCCUCAUCUCCCCAUCCAAGACGGCGCUCGUCAUCGUCGACAUGCAAAACUACUUCCUCUCCCCGGCGCUCGGUCGCCCCGCCGCCUCAGACAGCCCGGGCAACCUCGCGGCGCGCAACCUACUCGACCACGCCAUCCCCGCCGCCCGCCGCGCCGGCAUCCAGAUCCUCUAUCUGAACUGGGGCCUGACCGACACCGACCUAGCCGCGCUGCCUCCGGUGCUCUUCCGCGCCUUUGGUACGCGACGGGUCGACGACGGCGACGGCAGCAGCGGCGGCGGCGAGGUCCUUUCCCCGCCUGGUCUGGGCGACGACAUGGGGGACGUAACCCUCCUUCCCAAGGACGGUAGCAGCAGCAGCAGCGUACCCGCGGGUCGGAAGCUGAUGCGGGGGCAGUGGAACACGGCGCUGCACCCUCCGCUGCGGGCGUCGUACGACGAGUCGCAGGCCGGGCCGCUGCCGGACAGGCUGUUCCACAAGAACCGCAUCUCGGGGUUCCAGUGCGGGCCGUACGGGGCUGCAGCGCCGCCGGUCUAUGACUUCCUGAAGGAGGCGGGGAUCACGACGCUGCUGUUCGCCGGGGUCAACACGGACCAGUGCGUGCUGGGCUCGCUGCAGGACGCGUGCAAUGCCGGGUUCGACGCGGUGCUGCUUAAAGACUGCGUGGGCACUAGCAGUCCGGACUUUGCGAGGUUGAUGGUCGAGUUCAACUGUCGGAGGACGUGGGGGUUUGUUGCGGAGGGGAGGUCGUUGGGGGGAGCGGUGGAUGAAAUGUUGCGGGUGAGGUGAGUGAGACUUUCAUGUUGUGAUUUUUUUUAGAGAUCUAGCUUGACGGGUGGUCUUAAGUUUGGUACAUCAGUCGCGCAACUAAGAGUCGGAUGCCAUUCGGGGUGGUGGAUCAAGCUUAAUUCAGUUGUCAGGCCAUUUUCUCAGCCGGAAAAAAAUGGGGCCGACUGCCUGCAGAGAAACUAGGGCGCUCCGUCAGGGACGGAGAACGGCAAGCCCGGAUGUCUUGCCAGGCCACCUGCUCAAGCCAGCAUAUAAGAUCGUUUUUGUGUUAAGGCACCACUAUCUGGCCGCCGGCUAAAUUUUGCAUCCCGAAUAAAGAACAAAAGUCAGGGCUGGUCAUCUUCCACUUCUACUUCCCUAUUCACAUGGGAUUCUGUCCGCCUGGGCAGUGAUAUCGUCGACUACCAAGGUCCGGCUAGCAAGCGGCUCCUUAGCGGUAGAAGAUGACCUUCACGACAUUCGCUGAUACUCGCGUCUGGCCAAUGAUAUCUUGCUCGUUCUAGUCUGAAAUUCCA